AUGACAUCCUACGCAGGCACCGGUGUCCAGCCAUGCAAAGAUUGUGUCAGGCUGGAGAAGGAAUGCAUCUAUGCAAUACCGCAGCGACGCAAGCGCAAAGCUCAAGACGCCGUUCCGUAUCGCUCUGAUAGCAAUCGCCCACUUGAGCAUAUCGCUUCACACCGUAAUCUCGUGGACUUCCAGUCAUCAAGUGCCCCCCGGGCUCAGAAUUUCUUUCGCUCUCCCAGGCCUACGGAGCGUCCGACAUUAUUCCCUCUAGACGAGACAGAGCCCUCUGGUAUAAGCAACGCCCAAGAUAUCGGUGUUGAAGGGGCGUCGGGCUUCGAUCCAAGUCUCGCGGCGAGCCCGUUACCGAAGAGGAACGCUACCUCUGCGGAGGACGCCAACUGGCAGUAUCACGAGCCUUGGUCUUGGACGUCAAUCCUCUCGGACACGGGCACUGAAUGGGUGGAGAGGAGAACGGGAGACGGCGACUUCGCUGCAGUUGCGAAGACAUUCUCGAAAGUCCUCGUCCAGCGAGGCUCAUUCGGAGACUAUGUCCUUGCAGAGUCUGGAGAAAGCGAGAUCAGUGAAAGCACGGCCUGGAAAUACACCAACGCGUUUUACGAACACUCCUGGGAGGCGAAUUUGGGCUUUAUCGACCGCAAAGACCUUGAGACACACUUGAAGGCUUAUUACCGCAGUCCCGACCAGCAGAUUGAAUACGCAUGGUUUGCACUGCGCAAUACCGUAUUUGCUUGUGGCUAUCGUGGUUUGCUGGCAAAGGACCCUUCUGUAUCAUUCGCAACAGCCCAAGCCCAGGCUGGGCGCUUCUUCAAAGCCGCGCUCUCUGUCCUCACCAACAUACUUAUUCAGCCUUCGAAUCUGGUGGGCGUACGCGCGCUGGCAUUGAUGGCGUGUUAUGCAGAAGGUCUGGGAAGCCCGGCAUUCAAGCACCUUCUGUGCGCCAACGCCGUUCACCUGGCCCAAUCGAAGGGCUUGCAUCGACAACCAGACCGAGCAUGGGCCAGCUCCGAAGGAGAAAAAAACAAGAGACUCUGGCUCUGGUGGGCGCUAUAUGCGCUUGAGAAGGAGUAUGCUUUAUUCGAUGGCCGACCCUCCGCCAUCCACGACGGGGAUAUCAGCGCUCAAAUCCCCACGACGCCGGCAACCGGAGGGAAAAAUCACACCCUGAGUAUAGGCGUCCGAUGCGCGAUGAUCCAGUCUCAAAUAUCGCAACGUCUCCUUUCAAUCCAGGCCUUGACUCUUUCGCUGCCAGAACUCAUUGGCACUGUGUCACACUUCGAUGCGCAACUCAAGCAGCUGCUCGACGAGAUACCCGCGGAAUGCAGAAUUGGCCCGCUCACCAAGCCCAUCCACUCGACACGUCGAAUGGUCGAGCUUCUAUUCCUUCACUGCUCCAUCUAUGGAACUAUAAUGGCUGUGCACUCGCAGUUCUUCUACCCCUGGACAACGUCAAGGUUCGCAACCGGUGGAGCCAACGCUGUGCUCGAGGCUCAAAUUGCCGCAUCCGAUAGUACUGUCGCGGAUGCCGCACGCAACAUAAUACUGGGCCUUCGACUGGUCAGUGCCGAUGUGUCUACGCCAGGGUGGCUGAGCUUCCAAUUUCCACUCUACGCGGCCAUCAACUUGUUCAUAUACAUUCUCAAAUAUCCAGCCUUGGAGACUGCGGCUGCCGACCUCGGUCUCCUUGAUGUUUGCGCUGGCGCCUUUGGGUACAUCGAGUUCUCAACGCAGUCACAAGUCUCCGUGUCGUUUCCGAGCGAGAUCGCCAGCAUCGCCCGCGAGAUGAUCAGAACUUGUCGAGGAAAGCUCUGGAAAGCUGCUGAUGCCGGAGAUGCUGCGGCCAUUGACGCCGACACUGGGCCGCGCACGGGAAACGUCGGAGACGUUGACUUCGAUUCCAAUCUCGGGCUGUCGGACGUCGGGAUGGGUGCUGAGGUGCCAAACUUCCCGCAUGUCGGCUCGGAGGAAUGGAAUUUCUUAUCGUCAUUCGACCUCAUGAACGGAGGAGACGCCGGCUUCAACGACUUUUUAUCACAGCCGCUUACCUUCGGCGACGAUGCAGUAUGA